AACCUCGCCUGGUUAACUAGUUUACUAGUUACUAGCCGGUCCUAAGCCCGGGUAAAGAGGGAAGGUUGGGCAUAGGGCUAGCAACCCUACCCCGUAAAACAAAUCUAACCGCUAAAGAAACUUCAAAGCACAAACAAAAUAUAAAAAAUGAAAACAAACUUAUUCCCCGCUGGAAUCGGAGAGGCGAAAUGACGCCAGUUGGUGAAAGCCUUCGGGAAGCCAAUUGGCCGAUGUGUCUUCUCUCGAUGAAAGCGAAAGUAAACGUGGGGACAUGGAAUGUCCGCACGAUGUUUGAACCCAGUAAGGCAGCCCAGAUUGCAAAGGAGAUGAGAAGGUAUAACAUCGAAGUGCUUGGGAUUUGCGAAAGCAGAUGGAAUGGGAGUGGACUCUCCAAACUGUCAACUGGAGAAUCAAUAAUCUACUCCGGUCACCCAGACGCCAACCACGAGCACACUGAGGGAGUGGCUAUCAUGAUGUCCUCAAGAGCAUCGAAGGCUCUCAUGCAGUGGGAACCAAUCUCCUCCAGGAUCAUGACAGCAAGAUUCAACUCAAAAGGAAGAAAGGUCACAAUCAUACAAUGUUAUGCACCUACAAAUAAUGCAGAGCAAGAGAAAAAGGAGGAAUUCUACAGACAACUUCAAUCAACACUGGACAAGACGUCAGUUGGCGAUAUCAAAAUUCUAAUGGGCGACAUGAAUGCCAAACUGGGAGGGGACAACACGGGAAGAGAACUAACCAUGGGUCGAGAGGCACUAGGUGAAAUGAAUGAGAAUGGAGAAUUGUUUGCAGAAUUCUGCGCAUUCAACGAUUUGGUGAUUGGAGGCAGUGUGUUCAGGCACAAAGAUAUCCACAAAGCGACAUGGAUUUCACCAGAUGGACACACUAAAAAUCAAAUCGACUUUAUCUCAAUCUCAAGAAAAUGGAGACGCAGUCUACUUAACACAAGGUCAAGAAGAGGAGCAGAUGUAGGUUCAGACCACUACCUAGUGCAAGGAACCUUCCAAAUCAAGUUAAAAGCCUUCAAGGAAGCUGGUGAUAGACCACAGUUCAAGUACAACACUCGGAAACUGAAGGAUGAAACUACAAAGGAGAUCUUCAUGGCAGCCAUCAAGACAAAAUGGGAGACGUCGAGGGACAUCCCUGAAGAAACCUGUGUGGAAGAACACUGGAAGUCUUUGAAAGCUAUGUGGAAAGAAACCUGCACAACAGUAUUAGGAAGGAAGAAGGUGGAAGACAAGGAAUGGAUCUCGACGGAUACCUGGAAGCUGAUAGAGGAGAGGAGGAUGGUGAAGCAGAAGAUAAACCAGUGCAAGGAUGCACAACAAGAAGAGGAACUGAGCACAAUGUAUAAAACACUGGACAAAGAAGUGAAGAAGAGUGCACGCAAAGACAAAAGACACUUCUACGAAACACUGGCAAGUGAAGCAGAACAGGCUGCAGGUAAGAGAGACCUGACGACAUUGUAUCAAAUAACCAGGUUGCUAUCAGGGAAUAGACCAACACAGAUGAAACCAAUAAAAGAUGAAGAAGGAAAUUUAAUUACGAAAGAAGAGAAACAGAGGAAACAAUGGGCCAACCACUUCAAGAAGCUCUUGAAUCGACCACCACCUGCACUUCGUCCAGAAAUACCACCUGCAGCCGCUGAACUACAAGUGAACAUUAAUCCCCCAACGAAAAUGGAAGUCCUGAACGCCAUAAAGCUACUGAAAUGCGGGAAAGCAGCAGGACCAGAUGGAAUACCGCCAGAAGCACUGAAAACAGAUGCAGAGACAACAGCGGCCAUGCUCACACCACUAUUGCAGAAGGUGUGGAAGGAAGAGAAGGUACCUGACGAUUGGAAGAAGGGUUACCUUGUCAAACUGCCGAAGAAGGGAGACCUCAGUGCUUGCAAGAACUGGCGCGGAAUCACUCUCCUGUCCACCCCAAGUAAAAUAUUAAGCCGCAUCAUCCUGGAGAGGCUUAAAGACGCACUGGAUUCAAAACUACGACCGGAACAGGCAGGCUUCAGGAAGUACAAAUCAUGUGCAGACCAAAUUGCAACGCUUCGUAUCAUCAUAGAACAGAGCAUAGAAUGGCAAUCACCUCUCCACCUCAACUUCAUCGACUUUGAGAAGGCCUUUGACAGCGUCGACCGAGAAGUAAUUUGGAAACUGCUUCAAUACUACGGAGUACCGCAAACCUUUAUCCGCCUCAUUCAACAACUAUAUGAAGAUGCUACAUGCCAAGUAAUCCACAAUGGAAAGCUCAGUGAUGCCUUUGAAGUGAAGACAGGAGUGAAACAAGGUUGCCUACUAUCCCCCAUGAUAUUCUUGAUUGUGGUGGACUGGAUCAUGCAGCAAACAGUAGGCAGCGAGAAGAGGGGGAUACACUGGACGACGGAAAAGAACCUAGAAGACUUGGAUUUCGCCGAUGACUUAUGCCUAAUGUCACAUAAACUUGAAGAUCUGCAGGCAAAAACUAACAAGUUGAUAGAAGAGGCAGCGAAGACGGGACUUCAGGUGAAUAUAGAGAAGACAGAAGUGAUGAAGAUACCGCACCACCACCAUCAACAACAACAACAACAAACUCCAAUCACCGUCAACGGGAGAAACUUAAAGGAAGUAACCUCCUUCACUUAUCUAGGAAGCACUGUUUCAACUACAGGCGGGACGGACGAGGACGUCAAAGUCAGAAUCGGAAAAGCAAGACAGGCGUUCAUCAGCCUGAAACCAGUGUGGAGAUCUUCUGCACUCAGCAUGCGGAACAAGAUACGGAUUUUCAACACCAACGUAAAGUCAGUGCUCUUGUAUGGCUCAGAGACUUGGCGCGUCACGAAAGGUAUUUCCAAUAAACUACAGACAUUCAUCAACAACUGCUUACGCUCGCUGCUGAAGAUCAGAUGGCCAGAAAAAAUAAGCAACAAGGAACUCUGGGAACGAACCAACCAAGAACCUAUCACGCAACAAAUAUGCAGGAAGAAGUGGAGAUGGAUUGGCCAUGCACUGAGAAGGCCGACGGAGGACAUCACGCGUCAGGCCCUCGAGUGGAAUCCCCAUGGGAAGCGACGAGUUGGACGUCCGAGGGUGACAUGGAGGAGGUCGUGCGAGCAGGAAAUGAGAGCUUCUGGGCUGUCGUGGGACCAGGUUCAAAAGAUCUCAGAGAACAGGAUGAAAUGGAGGCGUGCUGCUGAAGCCCUAUGUUCCACUAGGAACCCAAGGGACUAAUAAUAAUAAUAAUAAUCUUCAAACUGGAAGUUAGCAAGAAUGAUAACAGACAACAUGGUGAUGAAAAUACAUUUUGUACUUGAACUGAAAUGGCGUGACUGAAGUUAGAAUUAACUAUUAGAGACUGAAUAAGUUAGACUUCUGUCAACAAACCAAUGAGAAAGGAUGAAAAGAAGUUAAACCAUUAUCUUGUGCAAUCAUAAAUAAAAUAACACCUAAACUAAAGUAGAAGGGUUGUUUUAUAGCACCUAAAGAUCUCAUAGUUAGUGUCUGUUAAACGUAACUCUGUAUUUCGUUUAUUAUGCCGUCUCCUGCGAUUUCGACUGGUAAACGUUUCAGUGUCAUGCUGGACAUUGCCAAACGGAAGUGGAGCUCUGUCAUGCCAAGUACUACCUCGAAAGGUUCACGAAAAGAAAACCCUAGGUCAGAGAACAACUCGAGCAAAAUAUAUAUCCCUUGAAUUGCAGAUAUUCUCCCCAAUUCUUAUAUUUACUCAUUCUCAUGAAAUAAUUAGAUCUGGACAUCGGUUACUAGUCAAUAUUUAGCUAGUUCAGAAUAGCCAUAAUGUGAAAAUUGCCUUCCAGGAGGCAUACAUAAUGUAGGUCUGUUGAACUUACAGUAAGAAGUGAGUUUAUUUUUACUAUCUGCAAAGUUUUCCGAUGAAGCCAGACUACCAAAUGACCAAAAUCAUAAGUUACUCACCAUGAGAUCUACGCUCCUAGGUUCAAAUUAUUUCCCUGUAGGUUUUCAAUGAUUCCCUAGUUUCUGUCAGUCAGUGAUAAAAACUAACCUCGCCUGGUUAACUAGUUCACUAGUUACUAGCCGGUCCUAAGCCCAGGUAAAGAGGGAAGGUUGGGCAUAGGGCUAGCAACCCUACCCCGGAAAACAAAUCUAACCUCUAAAGAAACUUCAAAGCACAAACAAAAUAUAAAAAAUGAAAACAAACUUAUUCCCCGCUGGAAUCGGAGAGGCGAAAUGACGCCAGUUGGUGAAAG